AUGAACCCUUAGGAUCAUUAAAAUCAGUUUAUGCAAACCAACAGACCUCUAUAAAUUUUCCCUCAAUGCAUGAAUCCCUGGUCUUAUUAAUAUCCUCAUGGUUACUCUCCAUACUAUUAACAUCAGCAACUAAUGUUUUAUAGGUAGUUUAUCCCUGCCGCUGUACCUGAAAUGUAGCAUACUCAAAAGCAGUAAUAACAAAGGGUAGUUAUCACAAUUUCGAGUGAUGAAGAGAAAGCGCCUAAAAAAACUUAGGAACAGCCUCCAAAACCUGUUAUAGAAGCACCUCCUCAACCAAAAAAGCAGCCUAAGAUCUUGGAUUUGGAUUAGUUGGAAAGUUAAGGAAAGGUGUAUGAUUACGAAUCUUCUGACUCCCCUCAACUUCCAAGAAGAGUUUCAAAAAGUUUAAAUUUUUAGAAGACAAUGCGACAAAUGCAUUAUGAAUCAUUCUAAUCACCCAAGCAAAAGAAGAGGCCAAUUAAAAAUCGUAAGGAACCUACUCGCAUUCAACCAAAGUUAGCGAAACAAGUUCAAAUAGGAAGAUAGCGCCAACUGAUCGAAUUCCCUCAAUCAAGUGUAAAAACGCGUUUAAUCAGGGUUUACACUAAAAAUGAAGAGAAAUUUUAGAAACUACUCAAUAUUCUGUUAUAGAAUUUUCCAAAUGCAAAUGACGAAGACGUAGUAAGGAUACUUAACUUUACUGGUAAAUCCUACGAAAAAGCAAUCAACUUUGUUUAGGAGAAUGGGUUCCUAGUGUAAUAUUUGAUCGAAACAUAUUAGAAUAAUGUCUUAUCUAGUGAAGAAGAAUCAACAAAUAAAAAGUGA